AUGUCGGAUGAGGGAAAUCCUGCAUAUAAACCAUUCGCCGUGUUCCUCACGUACAAUCUUCCAUCGACUGGCUUCACCCGGUUGUACAUUCCACAGGUUCUGCAGGGUAUUACCGGUAGCACUUACUACGUGGAUAACAGCACUUCUCUGGUGAAGCGUGACUCAUAUCGACUACAGUAUGUGGUUCUGGUCUACCGUACCACUCAGCCGAUCGAUACCAAUAUACGGAACAUAAUCAGUUUGGGAACGAAUUCUACAGGAUUGAAUCUGAUGUAUGAAUGCAAAAAUGUGUUAUGUUUCCUAUCGACAACCAAACUUGCCGAACAACUUGGAAGGCCAAUCGCAGGCAGCAUAUUCCAUGUAAGUUCUCGUAUUCCACUGAAGGCAAUGGGGUCAAUCUAA